ACGGUCCAGACAAUGUUAAUUUGCAAAAAUCUCCAUCACAAGACUACUAUGUGGAGGGGUCAGACAUCACCUUGACCUGCUCAGCAGAGUCCAGACCUAACGCCCAAUUUACAUGGCAUCUGAACGGAGGUCUGCAGUCUGAUACUGGACCGCAGUUCAAUCUGACGACCAUUCAGGAGAGUCAGAGUGGAAACUACAGCUGUCAGGCUUUUAACACUAAAACUCUGAGAUAUCAAUCAUCUCAGCCUGCAGCUGUAACUGUACUGGAAACAAUAUCAGGUGCUUCAAUCAUAUCUUCAUCUCUCCUGGAGUUUGAGGGCACCUCAGUCAACUUAACCUGUGAUGCUGCCGGCUCUGUCUUUACCAGGGAGUGGAUGAAGGAUGGCUCAGAUCUGAACAUUUCUAACGACAUAAUACUUAACGACAAUAACAGAGUGCUGACUUUUAACAGCCUGAAUAAAAAAGACAGCGGACAUUAUUCCUGUACACUCAGCAACCCCUUCAGCAAUGAUGAAGCUGAAUACUUCAUAGAUGUGAUCUAUGGACCACAAAAUGUUCGAAUCACAGGUCCAAGUGUGAUACAUUUGAAAGAGAACUUAACUUUAACCUGCUCUGCUGAGUCCACACCGUCUGCUACUUCUUACAUGUGGAUGCUAAAUGGGACAAAGAUACACAACUCGGCUGUGCUCACUAAACACAACAUUGAACUCUCUGACGGUGGCAACUACGUCUGUCUAGCACUAAAUUUUGCAAAUUGGGGAAUAUCGUCUGCAGAACAUGAAUUGUCUGUCACAGAAAGGACGUCUGGAGGUCUUUCAGCUGGUGCCAUUGCUGGAAUAGUUAUUGCAUGCUUUGUAGUUGCUUCUGCAGGAGCUGUUGUAGG